UCUGACCGACCCUUUAUCUCGUUGUUUGCUUCUUGUACGCCUGGGAACUUGCGUACUUGUCUGACCUGAGAGGUGCAUACACGACCGUGCACUGCGCUUCAACGAUUAUAUCGACUCUUUUAAAGCUUCCUCGUCGCACUGCGCCUGCAAAUGCGCGCCGUCAGGUACGAGCCAAUUCUCCUCGUAGCCACUUUUUUUUUCUUUUUCGUUCCCUGCAUCCAUCGUCUCAUUUCAUCUCAUAUCUGUCUUCUUGUUUGUCUUUGUCUUGAGUUGCGGGCCUUUCCGAGCGUACCUGGUUCGCUCGGUACCUGGAUCAUCCUGUCUCUCCAUGCGACGCGACCCAGCAUUGAAACACCCGGAUACCUUUCUACUUGGCUUGUGCGUUGCGCUACAUUACCAAUUCGAUCCAGCUAAUUCAUCUUUUUUUGCAGUGCAAGUCUGUGCUGCGCUGG